AUGGUGGUCUUGGGUGCCGGUGAUUUCGAGGUGCGCCGUUUUAUCGGCCGAGGUUGCUAUUCUAUUGUGUAUGAAGUCGCCAAAACAACAGGACCGGAUUCCGGCUCUCGUUAUGCACUUAAACGGUUUUUCCUGGAGAACGAUUCAGCUGUAAAAUGUGUACUGCGAGAACGCCACAUACUGGAGCGGUUGGCAGUGGCUGAUUAUCAAAGUCCGUUCCUACCAGUGCUGUUCUACAGCCUGUGGUAUAACUAUUCUUCCGCUUUUGUGCUUCGUGAAGGCGCUGGCUGUGAUCUAUAUGAUUUACUGUGUCACGUUGGAUAUCUAUCAGAAACAAAUGCUCGAUUUUACGUUGCCGAAGUGGUUUGUGGGUUGGAACACUUACAUUCACUCCAAAUUGUUCAUUUGGAUAUCAAACCCGAAAACAUUUUGUUUUAUCCGAAUGGCCACGUAUUUGUUUCCGACCUGGACCGUUCGUAUGAUCUGACGCGCGAAGGCAAGCCAACGUUGGAUGAUUUUACCGGUACUCCCCUGUUUAUGGCACCAGAAAUUGCCAAAGGAGAGGCGAUCGAUGUUCGCGCGGACACAUGGAGUUUAGCUGCACUUGUGGCUGAAAUGGUUUCGGGUCCGAUACGUCCGGAUGCAGAAACAACCACACAGGAUUUUCAGCGGGCCCGGAACGGGACAUACAGCAUUCGUGGACUGAAGUCAUUGUCAAAACCUCUACAAUCCUUUUUUUCUGCCUGCUUCCAGAAAAAUUACAAUCAGAGACCGUAUUUGUGCGAUGUAAAGAAACUUCGAUUUUUAAAGCCGGUUGAUUGGAUCAAAGUUCUCAAUCGACAAACGAAACCACCUUACCAGGCUUCGGAGAUCCGCCAUCGUCCUGCAAAGGAGGACAGUGGCCCACUAAAAUCCACUGAUCAGCGUGUCCUUUCAGGUGCUUUCAGUCCUCAUCGACCUGUUGAAUUCGCCUCGAGUCGCAAAAAAGCAAACAAAGCAUCCAAGACUCCAUCUCCGGAACCUGUUUCUGAUCCCCGUUUGUCUGCAGUCAUCACACCGAAUCUGCGUGAGCACGGAUACACCCUGGAGUCUUUGGACGAAAAGUUCCAAUCUUUCAAUUUCGCCCACCCAUGUUUGAGAACUGGUGAUGUGGAGAACCACGAAUUAGAGGUCAAAGUGCAGAAUGGCCUCUCUCGUAUGGGCCUGUCCGAAUCAAAUCAUCAGCCUAAUAAACCGGUCGAGAUAGAAACCCUAUUUACUGGUGACAUGAAAGUCGUUGAACCCGAAACGACCAAUUCUCCGGGCUUGUUCCGCCGAGCUCGUCGUCGUGGUCUAUCUAUUGGAGAUUGA